AGAAGAACCCACACGUACACGUGAACCUCUCUCUCUCUCUCUCUCUCUCUCUCUCUCUCUCUCUGGGGUUGGUGGGAGUUGCAUCCAUUUCAUUCCAUUACCAUAAAAUAUAAAUCAUCAUAAUCAAACAUUGAGCCAAAGCAUCAAUAUUCAGCCACACAGAACAAGCCAACCAACACCAAUAUUAUGAAAGUUCAGAUCUCAGAAACCAUCUGCGUCUUCCCCGCCGCUACUCCCUCCCACCACCACCGCCUCCUCCCUCUCUCUCACCUCGACAACGACCGCAACCUCCACAUCCCCUUCCGUUACCUCCGCGCAUACGUUAGCGCCGGCCCUAACCCCAACCCCGACGACCCCGUCCAAGUCAUCUCCGCUGCUCUCUCCCAGGUUCUCGUGCACUACUACCCAUUCACCGGCUCCCUCCGCCGCCGCCCCGACGACAACCGCCUCGAACUACUCUGCGCCGGGGGCAGAGGAGUACCCCUAAUUCGCGCCACCGCGGACUUCACGCUCGAGUCCGUGAACUACCUCGACAACCCGGCUGCCCCGUUCGUUGAGCGCUUGGUGCCCGACCCGAACCCGGAAGAGGAACUUGCCAACCCGUUCGUGUUGCAAGUAACGGUCUUCGCGUGCGGCGGGUAUUGCCUGGGUGCGUCAAUUUAUCAUUCCUUGUGCGAUGGACUUGGCGCGACUCAGUUUUUCAGUGCCAUGGGCGAGCUCGCCCGAGGGGCGACCCGGCCGUCGGUGGAGCCGGUUUGGGAACGGGCGGCUCUUUUGGGUCCGAGGGACCCGCCCCGCGUGGAGAUACCGUUGCACGAGUUUCUGAGUUUGGACAAGAACUGGUCUCCGUACGGUCAGAGGAGCGGUCCGGUUAGCAGGGAGUGCUUUAGCGUGAGCGACGAGGGCUUGGACCGGUUCAAGACAAUGCUGCUGGAGCAAUCGGGGUUGAAAUUUACAGCAUUUGAAGCUCUGGGAGCUUUCAUUUGGCGAGCCAAGGUUAAAGCUUCAGGAGUUGUAGGCAGAGAAAAUGUGAAGUUUGCAUAUUCAAUUAAUAUAAGAAAGCUACUAAAACCGACACUACCUAUCGGCUACUGGGGCAAUGGUUGCAUCCCCAUGUACGUCCAACUUAGUGCUAAGGAGCUGGUGGAGCAACCCAUUUGGGAAACUGCCCAUUUGAUCAAGAAAAGCAAAUCAAAUGUCAACGAUGAAUCUGUGCGCUCCUAUAUAGACUUUCAAGAGCUCAAUUAUGGAGAAGGAAUCACGCCGGGGAAAAUGGUGACCGCGUUCACUGAUUGGAGGCACUUGGGUCAUUCCACGGUAGAUUUUGGGUGGAGAGGGCCCGUCGCCGUUUUGCCAAUCUCAGGGAACCUUCUUGGGAGUGUUGAGCCUUGCUUUUUCUUGCCACAUUCCUCUUCAAUUCUAGGGAAGAAGAACGGGUUCAAGGUUUUGGUACUUCUGUCAGAGAGCGCCAUGCCUACUUUCAGGGAAGAAAUGGAGUUGUUCUCUAGCAACAAAUUUGAAUUACAUUGACACAAUGAAGUUAGGUUUGGUUAUAUUUGUAUUUUUUUUUUUUUUUGGGUCAAAAUAAACCAAUCUUUUUUGAUCUCAUAUCACUUUCAUGACUCGCUCCUAAUUUGAAAAUUUUAAGAUUGCAUGAAUGUUUCAUGCCUUAAGGGACAUUGUAUUUGUAUUGUAUCACAUUGUUAUUGCUAUAUAGUUUUGAUUAUUGUUGCAGUUACAAAA